CUCGAUCUCAAAGACUCGACAAGGUCUCUGCAAACCUGGGCUCAGCUCGGAACGUAUACACCUAGAACAUAUAAUCUUGUCAAACGCUCGUGAAAAUGCCUCCCAAGAAAGGCGGAAAGAAGGGCAAGAAGGAUCUGGACAAUGACGAUUACUGGGCAAACAAGGAGAUCGAUGUAGAUCCGUUGGCAUCACCGGCUGCUGCAGAUGAUGUACCGGUGCCCAAGGGCAAAGGAAAGCAGGCAAAGAGCGCUUAUGCCCUGCUCGAGGAGUUUGAGGCUGGUGGCGGCGAGGACAACGAGGAUGGAGCUGGUGGCGGGGGCCUCAUGUCGGCCAUGCGAUCACGAAAGGACCGGAAACCCAAGGGCAAAAAGUCGGCUCCUGUCUCGGAUGACGACGAGCCUUCAACGCCGGCCCCCAAAGAGGCCCCUCAGGCUGAUCUCGAUGAUGAGUGGCCAGAAGACGAUGUGAAACCUAAAAAGGGCAAGAAGGGCAAGAAAGAUAAGAAGGGAGGCAAGAAGGACUUGGACGAGGAUGAAGACAUGGACGGUUCGGCGGUGCUUGACGCUCCCGCCCAGCCUGCCGAGGCUCCUCAAGCGGACAUUGACGAUGAAUGGCCCGAAGACGAUGUCAAGCCGAAAAAGGGAAAGAAGGGCAAGAAGGCCAAGGGUGGCAAGAAGGCUGAUGAGGAGGAUGAGGAGGCAGAGGUAGAGCAGGUCGUUGCCGAGAUCGAGCCUGCUCAACAAGCCGAGGUCGCCGAUCUGGACGACGAGUGGCCGGAAGAGGAUGUCAAGCCUAAGAAGGGAAAGAAGGGAAAGAAGCAGAACAAAAAGGACGAAGAUGAGGAGGAAGAAGGUGUUGCAACUCCGGCUGCUCCUGCUACACCUGUUCCCGAGCCUGCCGCCACUGCCGCCGAUAACGACGAAGAUGAGGAGCCUCAGGAUGGCGAGGUCAAGAUCCUGUCAAAGAAGGAGAAGGAAAAGCUGAAGAAGGAAAAGGAGAAGGCCAAGAAGAAGGCUCAGGCUGAGCGAAAGAAGGCUGAGGCAGCUGCGGCUUCGGGAGGUGCCCCUGUUGAAGCUGAGAAGAAGCCAGAACCAGAGGUCGAGACCGUCGCCAAAGCUGAGGACGAGGAAGAGGAUGAUGACGAGGGCGGUGCUGGCGGGGCCGGUGCGGCCGACAAGAAGAAGAAAAAGAAGAAGAAGAAGGCAGCAGAGAAGGCUGAACCGGAGCCUCCAAAGAAGAAGGUCAAUGCCAAGGUGGCGGCUUUGGCAGCUGCGAUGGAGAGGAAGAAGCAGAUCGAGGAGGAGGCUCGACGGGCAGAAGAGGAAGCUCGUCGGCUCGCUGAGGAAGAGGAAGCGCGUCUUGCUGAGGAGGAGCGUCUAGCCGAGGAGGCUAGGGCUAUCAAGAGGCAGAAGGAGAAGGAGAAGCGAGACCUCGCACGAAAAGAGGGAAGGCUCCUGACUCCUAAACAAAAGGCAGAAAAGGCCGCUGCCGAGGCACGAAUGAAGGCCCUGCUCGCUUCUGGCGUCAAGGUUGAGGGUCUCGACGCUAGCGGACAGCCUGCUGCCAAGCCCAAGAAGCCCGUCUAUGGAAACAAAAAGAAGCAACCCGUGAAAAAGGCAGAAGCCGCUGCACCUGAGCCUGUCAAGGAGGAGCCCAAGACAGAAGAAGCAAAGCCUGCUGCGGCCGACGAGGAUGACGAUUGGGACAAGUCCGAAACCGAGGAGGUCACCAAGGCGGUCGGCAAGGUGGAGAUCAAGGAGGAGUCCGAGGAUGAUUGGGACAAGAGUAGCGAUGAAGAGGAGGAAGUUAAGCCUACUCCUCCCGCCAAAUCUGAGAGCUCAGAAAAGGCUGCUUCCAAACCCGCCGCUCAACCCGCUGCUAAGUCCGCUGUCAAACCUGCCGGCAAGCCUGCUGCUAAGGCUGCCGCCAAGGAGGAGUCCGAGUCCGAGUCUGAAUCGGAAUCUGAUGAGGACUCAGAUUCGGAUGAUUCGGACGACUCGGACGAUUCUGACGAUUCUUCCGACGAGAGCAGUUCGGAGGACGAAAUGACGCCAGCUCAACGCAAGGCUGCUGCCGAGGCCGAGAGGCGAAAAGCAGAGGCCGCUGCACGACGAAAGCAACGUCAUGAGGAGGCGAUGGCUGCCAGGAGCAAGGACGACUUGCGAAGCCCUAUCUGUUGUAUUCUUGGACACGUCGAUACCGGAAAGACGAAGUUGCUGGACAAGAUUCGUCAAACCAAUGUGCAAGAGGGUGAAGCUGGAGGUAUCACCCAGCAGAUUGGUGCUACUUACUUCCCGGUCUCUGCUAUCAAGGAGAAGACUCAGGUUGUAAACAAGGACGGCAAAUUCGAUUACAAGGUUCCCGGUCUCUUGAUCAUCGACACUCCUGGACACGAGUCUUUUACCAACUUGCGAACGCGUGGUAGUUCAUUGUGUAACAUUGCCAUCUUGGUCGUCGACAUCACUCACGGUCUCGAACCUCAAACGCUCGAAUCGAUUCGAUUGCUUCGAGAGAGGAAGACUCCCUUCGUUGUUGCCCUCAACAAGAUCGACAGGUGUUACGGCUGGAAUCCGAUCCCGAACGGUGCUUUCCGGGACACAUACAAUCAGCAGGGCAAGAACACUCAGCGAGAGUUCGAGAACCGUCUUGAGGCUACCAAGUUGGCUUUCGCUGAACAGGGUUUCAACGCCGUCUUGUACGACGAGAAUAAGGACUUCGGUCGAUACGUCUCGUUGGUCCCCACCUCCGCCAUCACCGGAGAAGGUAUUCCCGACAUGAUCAUGCUGCUGGUUCAGCUGACUCAACAGCGAAUGAGUGAGCGACUGAUGUACCUGUCGGAGCUCGAGUGUACCGUCCUCGAGGUUAAGGUCAUCGAGGGUCUCGGAACCACCAUCGACGUUGUCCUGUCGAACGGUGUCAUGCGUGAGGGAGACCGAAUCGUAGUCUGUGGACUCAACGGUCCCAUCGUUACCAAUGUCAGGGCACUUCUAACACCACAGCCGCUUCGAGAGCUGCGAGUCAAGUCUGCCUACGUGCACAACAAAGAAGUCAAGGCGGCUCUAGGUAUCAAGAUCGCAGCUCCUGGUCUGGAAAAAGCCAUCGCCGGCUCGCGUCUUUUGGUCGUAGGACCUGACGACGAUGAGGAAGAGCUGAUGGACGAGAUCAUGUCCGAUCUGAAGGGAAUGGAGCAAUAUAUCGAUCAAACUGGUCGUGGUGUCUGGGUUCAGGCCAGUACACUAGGAUCGCUAGAAGCCUUGUUGGAGUUCUUGAAGAGCAGCAAGAUCCCCGUCAUGGGAAUCAACAUCGGACCGGUUUACAAGCGUGAUAUCAUGCGAUGUGCUGCCAUGCUCGAGAAGUCACCGGAAUACGCGGUCGUGCUCAGUUUCGAUGUCGAGGUCGACAAGGACGCCAAGAAGCUUGCCGAAGAACUCAACGUCAAGGUAUUCGAGGCACAAAUCAUUUACCACUUGUUCGACGCCUUUACGGCGUACAUGGCCGAUAUUCUGGAGCAGAGGCGAAAGGACGCCGCUCCCAAUGCCGUCUGGCCUUGUCGACUCAACAUCCUCGCUGUCUUUGCCAAGCGUGAUCCUAUCGUGCUUGGUGUCGACAUCAUCGAGGGAACUCUGCGAACGGGAACACCUAUCUGUGUCGUAAAGACGGACAAGGAGUCGGGGAAGAAGGAGAUCAUUCCCCUAGGAAAGAUUUCGUCCAUCGAGAUCAACCACAAGAGCUUCGAUCUCGUCAAGAAGUCGCAAAUUGGUGCCGGAGCUGCCAUCAAGAUCGAUCACGCCGUAUAUCAAUCCGCCAAGUCAUACGGUCGACACUUCGACGAGAAGGACGAACUCAUCUCACAUCUUUCUCGAUCGUCGAUCGAUGUUCUGAAAACGACUUUCCGAGAUCAGGUCGACUUGAGCGACUGGGCUCUCAUCAAAGCCUUGAAGCCCAAGCUUGACAUCCAGUAGUGUUUCGCACGCAUCGUCUCCUCGCCGAUUCUUGUAUUGUCUUUCAGUCCAGCGUAAGGGUCCCAUUGCGGAUCCAGCCAACUUCUCCUUAGGACCUCUUCAUCGAUU